GAGGUAAAUCCUCCGCGUGUGACAUCGCCCCGCCCCCCGCUUUGGCGACCCGGUUCGGCCCCGGCAGCCAUGGCCGCACCUGACGGCGAUUCCCCUUCGCCCUCCUCAUCCUCCUCAUCAUCCUCCUCAUCAUCGCCGCCUCGCUGCGUCCUCGUCUUCAGCGGGAAGAGGAAGUCGGGCAAGGACUUCGUGACGGACUCGCUGCGCGGAAGGCUGGGAGGAGACGUGUGUGCGAUCCUGCGACUGUCUGGACCCCUGAAGAGCCAGUUCGCCAAGGAGCACCGGCUGCAGCUGGACAAGCUGCUGGACGCGAGCGACUACAAGGAGCGCUACCGGGGGGACAUGAUCCGCUGGGGCGAGGCUCGUCGAUCCGCCGACCCCGGCUUCUUCUGUCGACUGGCGACGCAGAGCGACGGGGCGCGGUGCCCCGUGUGGUUAAUCAGCGACGCGCGACGCCGCUCGGACGUGGAUUGGUUCGCUCGCCACCACGGCGCGGUCACGCGCACCGUGCGGGUCUCGGCCUCCGACGACACGAGGCGGAAGCGAGGAUGGGUGUUCACACCAGGGAUCGACGACAUGGAGUCGGAGUGCGGCCUGGAUUCCGGAGUGCAGUGGGACUGGAACAUCCGGAACGACGGAUCGGACGGCGACCUGGACUCUCAGCUGCAGGAGAUUUUGAGUCACGUGGAGCUGCAGCUCGGGAGCUGACGAAACGCGUGGCACCAUGGCCUCUCGUCGUCGCCCAAGGUCCCCCCCCCCCCCCUCGUUGAUUUGCACGGCCACUGCUGCUGCCCUGCCCCGCCCUGCCCCG